ACUGAUUGGACUACAUAUUUACGUCAUCGCUGUGCGCGUUUAGCGAGAAGGUCCUCCAGCUAGAGAGCGAUGCACGUGAGUGUGUCAGUCAGAGGUUUGAGAAAACGUAGUUUGCUGUCUGUCUUCUCUUCGGCUCAAACGGGCGUUAAUAAUAAAAAUAGGCAUGUAAUUGAGCAAAUACAGCGUCACUUUAUUUCAUUUUACAACGUUAUUUGUCCUCUGAAUCGCCAUUUUUACUCUCCACGGUGUAAACGGAGCAGCUCGACGAUGGAGCAGGCAGCAUGCGACAGUUCAACGCCACCGGCGGAGGUAAACACGCCGGUGUCCGGUGAGAAAACCACCACGGAAGAGGCGGCAGAGAGUGUGAAAAGAAAGAGCGACGAGACAACCUGCGAAGCCGAGACAAGUGGCCAAAGCAAGAGGCGAAGAGGAGCGGGAGGGAAGAAGCUCCGUCCGGGCGAGAGAUACAUCCCCCCUCCGCAGAAGCGGAACCCGGGUGUGAGCUUCAGCAAGGAGCACUUCGACGAGACCUCGUACUACUUUGAAGGUGGCCUACGCAAAGUGUACCCGUACUACUUCGACUUCAAAACCUACUGCAAAGGUCGGUGGAUUGGGAAGAGCCUCCUGGAGGUGUUCAAGAGCGAGUUCAGAGCCGAGUCCAUCGAGUAUUACCAGAGGGCCACCAAAGAGGGUCGCAUCCGGCUGAACGAGACACCUGUGGACGACCUGUCUGUGGUGCUCAGGAAUAAUGACCACAUGAAGAACACGGUGCAUCGCCACGAGCCCCCUGUAGUCGGCAGACCCCUGGAGGUUCUGGUGGACGACGGGGAAGUGCUUGUGGUCAACAAGCCCGCCUCCAUCCCGGUCCACCCCUGCGGCCGUUUCCGCCACAACACGGUGAUUUUCAUCCUGGGAAAAGAGCGAGGCAUCUCUGAGCUCCACACAGUCCACAGACUGGACAGGCUCACCUCGGGAGUGCUGCUGUUUGCCAGGACGCUGGAGACAUCAAAGAAACUGGACCAGUUGGUGAGAGACAGACGGCUUGAAAAGGAGUACGUGUGCAGAGUAGAGGGUGAGUUUCCAGAAGAGGAGCUGAUCUGCGAGGAGCCCAUCCUGGUCGUUUCCUUUAAAAUUGGCCUCUGCCGUGUCGAUCCGAAGGGAAAGGAUUGCAGAACCGUCUUCCAGAGGCUCACCUUUAAUGGGAAAACCAGCGUGGUCCGCUGUUUACCAGUGACUGGUCGCACACACCAGAUCAGGGUCCACCUCCAGUACCUGGGCUUCCCCAUCCUCAAUGAUCCCAUCUAUGGGUCCUUGGCCUGGGGUCCUCACAGGGGGAGGGGGGGACUGGUGGGAAAGAGUAAUGAGGAGCUCUUUCAGGCCCUGGUAGAGGAACAUCGCUCGCAGGAAAGUCUCCACCUGCUGGAUAUUCCGGACGAUGGGAUUGAGCAAGAGGCUGAGAAAAACAAAACGUCUGAGAAAGGACAAUCAUUAGAUGGCCCGUCUGAACCCAACAAAAGUGCAGAGAGUCAUCAGACCGACACACAUGUGCCAGCAUGUGGCAGCUCAAGCAGUGAGACGGUGGAUAAGGUGAGUCAGGGCUGCACGGACCCAGACGGUAACGAUGCCUCCUCUCCCAAAACUCAGCCCAACAAAUCAAAUGGAAAUCAAACGGAGGCAACAACUCUCAAAAGUCCUCCCGAGACGAGAGACCACCUGUGUAGUGAAUGUAAGCUGGUCCGACCAGAUCCCACAGAGAAGGAACUCAUCAUGUAUCUCCACGCUUUACGCUACAAAGGACCUGACUUUGAAUAUUCCACAAGUUUACCCGAUUGGGCCAAAGAGGACUGGGUCGAGGCGGAUUGGUGAUGACCUGAUGCUCAUGACUUUGGUGUUUAGGUUACUGCCAUCGUGCAUGCUUUUUCCCCAGACAUUGAAAAGAAUGAUCAGAAAUCCUUUGAGAGGUUUUGCUUUGAGGCAGUUUAGAUGUUCCUGUCUUAACAUAUGCUGAAUGUAGAAAUAUGUUCCCUUUGGCUCCAAGCUUUUUAUGCCUUAAAUACAAAUAGAAAAUGGGUUUUGUAUUCAUUCUCAUUUUUGUUUUAAUCGUCAAGAAAAUAGUUUUAAUUUGAUUUCAUCCUUUUUAAGUCUGUAAUCUGCCCAGUGCUCAAACCAUGAUCUGAAAUAAAAAGCCAGUCUGCAGGAAAAUAAAUGAUUUAUUUUAUUUGAGCUUUGUGAAAAGUUAACAUUGACACCUGUAAACGAUAGUGGCGGUGAGGUAGAGGUGGAGUCAGCGAUUCUGGAGAAAGAAAUAACCCCCCCCCCCCCCCCCCCCUCCAUAUGUACCAAUCCUCUUGCUCUCACUGGAGUCAGAAUCCCUGACUCCACCUUUAAAGGCCCAGUGUGUAGUGUUUAGGAGGAACUAAUGGCAAAAAUGGAAUAUAAUAUUGAUAAGUAUGUUUUCUCAAGUGUAUAAUCACCUGACAAUAAGAAUUGUAAUUUUGUUACCUUUAGAAUGAGCCAUUUAUAUCUACAUAACAAGCGGGUCGUCUUCGUGGGGUCUGCCUUUUGCACUGCCAUUAUUCUACAGAAGCCCAGAAUAGACAAACGGAGCACUGGCUCGAUGGGGCCUUUAGCGUCUUCUCAUCUGCCGCUGUGGUGCCUACACACUUGGCACACCAGAGAAGUUCCAGUUGGUUGCAAUCCCACACACUAGACCUUUAGGUUCGUCUGAUGAUUGAAAGCCUGUGAAUCAUUUUGUCCGUCUCUAAGGCAGGUUAUUUUCUGCCGAGUGAUUUUUAAAAUGAAUGCUCAAUGUAGAAUUGUGAUUGUACAGUCAAGAUGUCAAAAGAAAACACUUACAAAGAGAAAGCUGGAAAAUAAAGCUGCUCAUAGGCACAUCAGACAGAAGUCUCUUCUUUGCCAGGCCUUUGUGCUGACCACCAUCACUGCACCUCUAACACCUCUUUUUAUAUACUUAUCAAGAACCAUAG